CUCGAUUCCCAGAUCGUUCAGAAUCAUGCACCGGCACUAUGACACCAUUUAUCUGGACUGGGAAGAACCUGCAGAACCUAAUGGCAUUCUGACCGGAUAUAUUCUCAAAUAUCAGACGUUGAACAUCACUCUGGGCGACAGAAUCCUGGUUGAAUACAUUCCUCCUAAUAUCACUUACUUCUCUCUGCGCCGUUUUGACCGUUACACUCGAUACAAGUUCUCACUGGCAGCACAAACUGAGACUGGAGUCGGGGAGGCGUUCACAGAGGAAUCACCCCAUUUUACAACUGAGGAGUAUACCCGGGAUCAAGUGGACAUUGUGACGCAGGGCUGGUUCAUUGGCUUAAUGUGUGCAGUUGCUCUCCUCGUUCUUAUCAUGCUCAUAGUCUUUUUCAUCAAGAGGAGCCGAGGAGGAAAGUACCCAGUGCGGGACAAGAAGGACUUUGCACUGGAGCCAAUGGAUGAUAGAGAGAAUGGAACGUUUGAUUACAGGUCUCUUGAGAGGUAUGAAUGUCAUACAUAUGGUGAAGAGAUCGAGUUUAAUGAGGAUGGCUCUUUCAUUGGCGAGUACACGGGCGUCAGUAAGAGGACCAUCGACACAAGCCCGUACCAUGACAGCUCUGAGCCCACGUCUCCUGUGGCCAUCUACUCUUUUGCUUAG